AUGGCUACAAUUACACGAAACCCGUUGGACUCGAUGAAGUCCACUUGGCGUUCUUGGGAUAGGACGCAGUGGACCGCAGCCCACUGGCUUAUCGAAACCCUAAAUAUACACCAUAUCGAUCUUGAUAAAGAGGUCCCGAUUCACCAGAAGACAGACAAGGUUCCUUACGCCCCAGAGCUACAAUUCCAUCGUUGGGUCCUCAUCCACGCCAGUAUCCCACUCAUCAUUCACCAGCUCUACAUCAACUAUAUCGGUCAGCCCUCGGCGCUGCUGGUCUUCAUCUUUUACAGCCUAUCCCUGGAAUUGAUUGCUAUCCACGAAGUACAUGUCCUGCGCCGCGUCGGGCACAAGAUCGGGUUCUUUGAUGGCGAUAAGCAUCCUCGCGAUGGUGUGCCUGAUGUUGGAGUACGAAAGACGGUCCAGACACUCCUGUCAGUUAUAUUCCUACGUCCGAUGGCCACAGUAAUCAUCUCCUAUCGCGCAGAUGAACCCCCGUCGUCGAUCCGGUGGUUUUGGCUCAUCUUCGAAACCGGCGUCUACGCAGUCGUGCUCGACUUCUGGUAUUACCUAUUUCACCGCUCUGCACACGAGACAGAAUUUUUAUGGCAGUUCCACCGCAGACACCACUUGACAAAACACCCUAAUCCUCUCUUGACGGCGUACGCGGACCUCGUACAGGAGUUCUUCGAUCUUGUCGGUACACCUCUGAUCACAUAUGGGACAAUGAAGCUGAUGGGCUUCCCCAUGGGGUUCUACGAGUGGUGGUUCUGCCAACAGUAUAUCAUCUUCACAGAGAUUUUGGGUCACAGUGGUCUGCGGAUGAUCGCCACAGCGGUCAAUCCCUGGACCUCAUUUUUAAGGCUAUUUGAUAUGGAGCUCUUGCUCGAGGACCAUGACCUGCACCAUCGCAAGGGCUGGAAGAGCAGCUAUAAUUAUGGGAAGCAGACCCGUGUGUGGGAUCGCUUGUUCAACACAUGCACGACUCGUAUAGAGGGGCACCGGGAUAAUAUUGACUAUGUCAACACUGCGGAAAUCCCGUUGCAUUGA